AUGGUGGUGGCCUCGCCAAGCCCAAUUCGAACCGAAAAAAUACGAGACAUUGAACUUCCAAUCAUAGACCUUUUGGCUGAGAGGUCACAGGUUUCAAAACUUCUUGUGAAAGCAUGUGAAGAAUUUGGUUUUUUCAAGUUGAUCAACCAUGGAAUCCCAGAUGACACUAUCAAGAAAAUGGAAGAAGAAAGCUUCGAGUUUUUCGCAAAACCGGCUUUGGAGAAACAGCAAGCAGGGCCAGCUGAUCCAUAUGGUUAUGGCAGCAAGAACAUAGGAUUCAAUGGAGAUAGAGGAGAAGUUGAAUAUCUUCUUCUUCGUACUGACACUCUCUCCAUCUCUCACAAGUCAAAAACUAUAUCCAAUGACCCUAACAAAUUCAGUUUUGCAGUGAUAGGUUAUAUAGAAUCAAUUAGGAACUUGGCAUGUGAAAUCUUGGAUCUGAUGGCUGAGGGCUUGUGGGUCCCAAACACCUCAGUAUUCAGCAGGCUAAUAAGGGACGUUGACAGUGACUCACUUCUCAGGCUUAAUCACUAUCCACCAUUCAAUCCCAAGAAUGAUGGUGACAGGUUAGCAACCUCUUUCCACCAUCAAAUUGGGUUUGGAGAGCAUACUGACCCACAGAUCUUGACUAUCUUGAGAUCCAACGGUAUAGAAGGCCUUCAAAUCUCAUUGGAAGAAGGUGUUUGGGUCCCCGUCUCUCCUCAUCCAACUGCAGCCUUCUGUGUAAAUGUGGGUGACUUAUUACAGGCUAUGACAAAUGGAAGGUUUCUGAGCGUGAGACAUAGGGCUGUAGUGAACUCAUGCAAAUCGAGAAUGUCAAUGGCAUACUUUGGGGCUCCAUCUCCACGUGCAAGGAUUUCUUGUCUCCCUAACUUGGUUGCAACACAGAAGCCUCCUCUGUAUCGAAGCUUCACUUGGGCAGAAUUUAAGAAGGCCACAUAUUCUCAGCAACUGAAAGAAAGUCGUCUUAACCUUUUCAAGAUGAUAAACGAUGACCAAAAUGGAGAAUGA